AUGUGGCUCAUCAACACGACUACAAUGCGACUCGAAAAUUUUGGGGGUUAUGAGCCACCUUUUGCUAUACUAUCCCAUACCUGGGGUGAGGAUGAGGUUACAUUUCAAAUGUAUUCGGGACCGGAAGCCGAGUCAAGGAAAGGUUAUCGAAAAAUUGAAUUUAUGUGUCGCCAGGCAAAGAAAGACGGGUUGCAGUAUGCCUGGAUAGAUACAGUAUGCAUGGACAAGACGAGCAGCGCAGAACUAACCGAGUCUAUCAACUCUAUGUAUAGAUGGUAUAAAGAUAGCGUAGUCUGCUAUGUUUAUAUGGAAGACGUACCCUGGGAAUGUCCGCUCUUGACCGGAAAAGGUGACCAGGAGAGCGAUCCAGAUCUACAGCCCUGGAUCGGUGCUUUCAAAAGCGCGAGAUGGUUUACACGGGGGUGGACACUGCAAGAGCUAAUCGCGCCCCGAGAGCUUCGAUUCUUUGGCCAGGGCUGGAACUUCUUGGGGACAAGAGAAGGCGCCUUACUUAAAUUGAUCUGCCAAAUCACAAAUAUAGACGCCACUGUACUAAAGGGGUUGCGGAGUCCCUCGGUUCUCAGUGUAGCAACUCGAAUGUCGUGGGCGGCAAACCGUCAAACCACCCGGCUCGAAGACGAGGCUUACUGUCUGCUUGGGAUAUUUGAGGUUAAUAUGCCACUGCUGUAUGGCGAAGGGCGGAGUGCAUUCCGCCGCUUACAAGAGGAGAUCAUCAAGACCCAUUGGGACCAUUCAAUAUUCGCAUGGGAUUCUGAAAAGGCGGAUUCUCUAUUAGCACCAUCCGUGUCCGCUUUCUCGAAGAGCGGCAACAUCACUAGCUCCGUAGGCGAAACCCUACCGGACGCAUACGAACUUACUAAUAGAGGGUUGCGUAUCUCCUUACCUAUUAUCGAGACCCACAGAGAAGGGACGCUGGGGGUGUUACACUGUCAAGCUAAGGGUGCUCUGGUAGCACUUAGAUUGACGGCGACGUCGCAGUCCUCUAUAGGGGAGGAUGUAUUCCACGUAAGCAAGGACUCGAGAGUGCCGCCUUACCGCCUUCGGUUUAUAGACACAGGGGAUGUCCUGAGUGUACAGACGCGGAGCAUAAUGGUGCUGUUUGCCUCAGCAAACUUCCAAGGUCCAACCGGACCGUCAAACCGUCUGUGGGUUCGGUAUUAUAACAAAGUCCACGCACAAAGCCUCAGACAGACUAAUGCCGUUCCUGAAGACCGAUGGAAACGGCAUAAUAAUGGCAUACCGCAACCCAGAGGCUCAGCAACAGCAGUAUUUGAAUAUAUUCCACGACAGGGGUUGAACACCGGUGCUAUUGCGGUAGCCGAUGCUCUAUGCGGUAAACGGAUAGUUGCGGUGUUCGCCUUUAAUCCACGCAAUUUUCUGUUAAUGCCUCUACUCGAGGUUCAUGAGGAUAUUCUCGACCAAGAGAGUAUACUUGCGUGCGAGCGUGCCGAACAACUAUUUGCAGCUCAGCUACAGGACCGUAUUUGGUCUCGUGACAGAUUCAUGCCGGCGGCCAGAACCGUCAAACUUGAUCAAGACCGGCAAGUCGACUUUGCGCUACAGAAGGAGAGCGUGCUAAACGAUAUGGAUUUAGUACUCACAAUAACAUUACGAUACAAUGUCUUCGGCAAAAUUAAAUCCCUUCUACUUAGUCUACACUUAUAUUAUAUAUUACCGGCUCUCUCUAGGUGGACUUGGAUUCUAGUCAUGUGGAACAUGUGUUUUGCGGUUCUGGGGAAGCUAGGUCUGUGUCCACUGGAUUGGAGUUAUUGGACAUCACAAGACUCAAAUCUUCUAACAUGGACCACAAAUUACUUAAAUCCUAGAGAAGAAUAG